AAUGUGCUUGCUUACUGAUAAUGCGUCGAUGGUUGCGGGUGAAUAUCUUGCAAGCUUAGCUGGAUAGUGGAAUGUUUGGUGCAUGAGAACAAAAAGCUUGGUUGUUGUUGUGUCUGCUGUUGUUUUGACAUUAGCUGUUGUUGUUGUUUUUUUAGGCGAACGAGCAGAUGUAAGUUGGUGUCAAGUACCUAGUCAAGACUAUCGGGAGCUUUCCUCUGAACAUUCAAAGACGAACAUUAAGCUUUGGUACAGAUCACGCGUCGACAUGGAGUUCCUAGUAAAGUACGAAGAGUGGACGAAGGUCGUAAAGGUGAACCCCGAAACCUGUGACGACCUCAAAGCAGCGAUGCUGCGACGCUUCAAGAUACCGGAUGACGUUCCCGUAGUAAUGCAGAUAUUUCUUCAGAAAUAUAACGGGUAUGUUGACGUGGAGCCAGGCACGGAGGUCUUCGAUGGGGCUAAACUCCUGCUGAAGCGUACGAGCCCAGCCGCUGCAGUGACCUCACUGACCAGUGACGUAUCGGCGUCAUGCAGCACCGUGGACGUUGACGCAUUAUCCAUUUGUGACAUCACUGGUGGAUGGACUUCACCGAAGAUGGACGCCAACGAAGUCGCCGAGGAGAAGGACAUCAGAGCUGAAGACAGGCCUACCGAGACUCACGAGCCACCUGCAACGCCGCGUCACGAGACUCAAGGAACGCCGCGUCACGAGACUCAUGGAACGCCGCGUCACGAGAUUCAAGGAACGCCGCGUCACGAGACUCAAGAAACGCCGCGUCACGAGACUCAAGGAACGCCGCGUCACGAGAUUCAAGGAACGCCGCGUCACGAGACUCAAGCAACGCCGCGUCACGAGAUUCAAGGAACGCCGCGUCACGACGAGAGUCCGAGUGGCCUGAAAGUGGGCAGAAGUGGCAGCAGCUCCAGUCAGCGUGAAGAAGCACUGAAAAGACUGCCAUUUACCGUGAAAUCUCUCUCCACCGGCCUAAGGAGCAAGCUGGAGAUGGAGGUCGAGCUGGCGGAGACCGACUGGAAAGAACUAACCAACGCUAUCUUUGUUGGUUACACAGGGAAAGCGAAAAGCUACUAUCCUGGGAAGUCUGGGUACGACAUUCUGGCCUCCGACAUUAGUGAUGCAUUUCCUUACCUCUGUGGUGCUCUAAGCGGCAUUGAUGCGCGGGCUUUCAUCAAGAGCAAGAUCUCCAACAAGUUCGCGAACAAGCGACGGUACACUACAGACGGCGCGGUACAAAAAAUGAAGAAGGCCAAACAUGAGAAGGAAAGCAAUGAAGGACUGCCAGCGUACAUGCCACCAGCGCCAGUGGAUGAUCUGGGCCAGAGGCGGAUGGCGAACGAACUACUGGAGGCGACUUCGGAGCGAAAGGUGGAGCUCCUGAGGUCCACGUUCGCGUUUCGACGGAACUACCUGGUGAAAGGUCGGAACACCAUGGCACGAUAUGCGGAACGGUAUCCCGCGGCCAUGACCUUGGAUGCGAUGUGGCUGGAUCUUGCCCUCAUGGAGGGAAAAGAGGCGGAUCCAGCCCAACUCCAAGAGGAGGCAGCAGGGAGGCUCCGCGGCAUACUGGCCAAAUUCAAGGCCGUGACAAACUCUGAGCAAAAUGAGGACGGACUGGUGCAAGAGCUCCUGGAAGAGUUGGACGGCGCCGACAUCACGGCGCCGUCUUCGGCGCCCUUCAUCGAGACCAAAGAAGACGGCCCAAUGCUGGUUGUGGAGGGAAUCGGCAUCCAUCUCACCACGUCCAAAGUGGAACAAGCCCUGGCCUGGGCCCUGGCCUUCCCGGCGCUGCAGCAGAAACUCCCGGCGGGGGGCUGUGGGGGCCGCGCCCUGAGAUACGCGUCCGCAUUUCUUUACCGAUACGUACUGGGGAUCAGUGGUGGGCCGCAGCUGCCUAAUAGGCUCCUGCGCAAAGUUCAGGCGCUGCUGAAGUGAAGGCGACACCUAGCAUGACUGACCUUUGUAGGUGACUGUUCCACCUUUACAAUAGUGUUGAGUUGAGAUAGUCAAAUUGGGUUUCCUGGCCCGCAAUUACCGGUUUGGGCACUCACAACAUCGAGAAAUGCCUUAAUUCGGAAAUAUUUAUUUUCUUAGUCUGAAGCACUCGAAUCCUAAGGGGCAAAAUCAUUUGAAUGUGCCCUCAACUUCGAGUGAUAUUGCCCCUUAAAAUUCGAGUGCUGCAGACUAAAAAUAUAUGGUUUCAAAUUAAGGCAUUUCUCGAUGUUGCGAGUCCCCAAAUCAGUAAUUGCGAACCAGGAAACCCAAUUUGACUAUUUCAACUCAAAACUAACGUAAAGGUUGGAUGGUCACACAGGCGGCGUUUCACGGCCGCUAGUAGCGCGCUACCAGCGCAUUUCGCGAGCUGACGUUAUAUAAUGACGUCACACUAAUGACGUUUCGUAUAAUCCGUGAGCUCCUUCAAAGCUGCGAUUGGAACUGAGUUGCUGUCGCGUUAAAUGUAUUUGAUUUGCUUUCAACGCAACAGCAACUCUGUUCCAAUCGCAGCUAUGAAGAAACACGGAUUACACGAAACGUCAUUAGUGUGACGUCAUCAUAUAACGUCAGUUCGCGAAAUGCACUGGCAGCGCGCUACUAGCGGCCGUGUAACGCCGCCCCAGUGUUCGCUCGCUAGUACUGUUAAGAGACACUACUUCAUAUCGCAGAAGGCGUGAAGCUUUUGUGUUUGCUGGCGUGGUCAGCCACACUGCGUUGUGCUUUUUCGACGGUUGAAAGCGGUUGAAAAAAGACAAAGAAAAGACGUGCGACGUUGGAUAUGCAAGGUUGGAUGUGCGACGUGCAAACGUUCGACAGUUCGACAGUUCUUUAACAGUCACAUGCAUGUACUUUCAAAUACAUGAUCUGUUUGCAAUGAAUGCUCUUUUGCUGCAAACAUGACUGCUGAGCGGCGAGCUGCGAAUUCCGAAUGAAAUUAACAAGUGCAAGGGAGGUCUAAGUAGAACGUUACGAGGCUGAGACUGGUAGAUCACUUACGAGUACAGGUUUGCUCCAUGUAGUCAUUACUAUGGCAACCAAGAUUUGCUUCGAUUUGACCUAACGAGUACACGGCUCAGCUCCGUUAAGUGCAAACAUGCGCAGGUCUUUACCUAGUAGCCGCAUGAUUAUAACUAGGAACACAGUCGUUCGCACUACAAUGACAAAGCAAACUUUGGUAGCUUAUCUAACGAACUACAUGUCAGUGGGUUGUAAGAACAACUACCAUG